AUGUCCCGCUUCCUGACCGAGCCCAAGACAGCCAAGACGACGUCGAGCCACGACGCGCCCGAGGUGCGCCUCGCCAUCGGCAGCAGCAGCAUGCAGGGCUGGCGCGACACGAUGGAGGACGCCGAGCUCGUCCAGACCAAGCUGCCCUCGAAGGAGAAGAUGGCGUGCUUGGCUAUCUUUGACGGCCACGGCGGCGACGCGGUCGCCAAGGACGUGUCGGCCCACAUCACGCCGCUGCUCCUCGAGACAGACGGCUUUAAGAAGUUUGACGGGAAGGACGCGACUCUGCUCGUCUCGGCGCUGCGUGACUGCUUUCUCACGAUGGACGACAAGCUGCGCGAGACGGUUGGCGCCGAUGGCCGCGCCGAUGAGAUCGGCUCGACGGGCCUCGUGGUGCUCAUCACGGAGCAGUACAUCGUCUCGGCUAACCCAAUCCAACUCGCAAAGCCGAUUCAGAUGUCGCUCGACCACAAGCCCGACCUCGAGGCGGAGAAGAACCGCAUCGUCGCCGCCGGCGGUACCGUCUUCCGCGGCCGCGUCUCGGGCGGCGUCGCAGUCUCGCGCAGCUUCGGCGACUUCUGGUUCAAGCGCAACGAGAAACACCGAACAAGAAGCCGUGGGACCACCUCGUGA